AUGUCGAUCACUCUCGCGCGUGCGCGCGCGCGAAUCGUCGCGAACGUCACCGGGCGAGGCGUCAGAGCGAGAGAUUACGCGUCACGGAUAGCUUCAGCGAAAAACAAUCAUCGACGACGCGUCGCGCCCGCGCGCGCGUCGUCGAUCGAGGAGGUCGACCCGGAAGAUCUCGCCCUCGUGGUUGAGCUCUUAGACAGCGAAUCCGGGGAGGAGCUCAAGGAAAAAGUCGAUCUGAUGGCGAAGGGGGGGAUGCUCUCGGCGGGUGUCGUGGAAGCGGCGCGCGUGGUCGCCGAGACGAACCGCGCGAGCGGGCAAGACGAAGACAUCGUGCGGACGCUUGAUGAUUUGCACGAGACGCUAAAAAUGAAGUUUCAGGAGAUGGCGGCGGCGACGGUGAAGAGUGCGCUGGAUUUCGCGCAAGAAUUGAUGAAGUAUUUCACGGCGGAGGAUUUGGAGGAGGCGAAUGCGAGCGUGGCGGUGAACAAGGUGCAGUUGAUGAUGCGCGAGGAAUUCGAGAAGGCGAACGGAGUUUCGAAAGCGGCGCUUGCGAAGUAUUUGGACGAGGUCCUACCAGUGAUGGACGAGCAGGAUAAGCGCAUUCAGGACGCGCUCGCACAAGCGGAGACGGAUGAGCAGCAGGCACAAAUCGUCAACGUGAUGAUGCAGCGAACGAAGGAACGGAUGCAGAUCGAGUUUAUCCGGGACUGCGCGGCGCGUAUGUGA